CUGUUGUCAAGGAGGUUUUUCUGACUCUGUUGCCACAGAGAGACGAUUGUGGGUUCUGCAGAGCUGGAAAAACUAUUUUAACACACUAUUUUACAAACACUAAGUUUUUCAAACAGGUCAGGGAUAAGGUUUGAUUCAGGUGCAGUCUUAUAGAACUUCGGCAAACAAUGGCAGGAAAAGGGAGGUCAUGAUUUGCGUGCAGUUUAAAAGACAGGCGGGGUUAUACUAAAGAGAUGUUGCACAGUCAUCAAUGAAAAAGCCCUCAAAGCCAGUUCAUUUCGCAGAGAGGAAGGAUGCUACCCUUGACUCACUCAGCAUAUCAGUCUGCACACCCACAUACACGGAACUUCACUUACUUCACCUUUUUCUCCGAGCUACAGAACACCCACUGGCUGGUGACCAUGACCGAGACUUUGGUUCUAAUGAUGAUCUUUGUAGUCUCAGUGGUUGGCAACCUUGGUGCAUUUAUACUGGUCAUCCAAGAGAGAAGACUGACUAACAAUCUGCUCUUUACUCUGAACCUCUUUCUGGCUGAUCUUCUGUUUGUCAGCACUGUUCCGCUUGUUAUAAGCGUAAGGUGGACCAAGGCAUGGAAGCUUGGCUCGGUCGCCUGCCACAUGGUCAUGUACUUCAUCAGCUUGAGCGGUACUGUUACUAUUACCACAUUGUCUGCCAUCAGCAUUGAGAGACUGCUGGCCAUUCUAAAGAUGGAGAUGACACCAAGCCUUAAUCCCAGAUGGGCAGCAUGUGUGCUGUUUCUGAUCUGGUUCUUCUCUGCUGUUGGGUUGUUGCCUUUAUCUUUGUUCUCCAGGGUGGUACCAGUUGUCUUCCACGAUCAGAGAGAAGUGCAUAUAUGCACUCUUAUAUGGCCACAUUUGACGGGCGAGAUCGUGUGGAAUGCUAUGUUUAUUAUAUUAGUUUACCUGCUUCCGGGCGCUAGCAUUGUAAUCAGUUACAGCAAAAUUCUACAGAUCAGACAACAAUCCAAAAGAAGGUUCCACACGUCUACUUCACCAAGACAUGAACAAUCAAGUACAGUGUCUAGACAGGACUACAAACUUUUUCGGACACUGCUUGUUCUCAUGACAUCAUUUUUCGUCAUGUGGGCCCCUGUCUUUAUCUUUUCCUUUCUUAUUCUCGUAAACAACUUCAAAGCCCAUAUAUCCAUCACUUCUUCCAUGUUCUUCUGGGUGUUGACUUUCACUAUGGCAAACUCAGCCCUUAACCCUGUCCUAUACAGCCUAUACAAGUGGAAGCAUAGGUGGCAAAGGGUUUGCUGUGCUAUGGAGGUCACACCUGGUUAAAGUGGUAAUUCUCAAAGUACGUAUAGUAAAUUAGUAUUAUUUGUCUUUUGUUCUUAUUUUUAAAAGUAGUUUCUUUAUAUAUGGAUAUUAAAAAGAAUUAUCCGUGA